UGCGAGCACAGCGUCGGUCGAUAACGCGGCAACAGCGCCCGCGAGCACGCCGGCAGAGCGUGUAGCAGUGCAACUGGUUUGACAGUUGAGCGUCUGCUGCCGGCAAGUGCGCUCGCGUUCGGCGUCCCAGUUAAGGACGAUGUCGAGGUCUUGGAUUUAAGCUUCCCGUUUCACGUAGACGAGAUGUGAGACGACCAAACAUCCGGCGCGAAGGCGAUGGCUUGUCAGGGAAUGCCUGAACAGCAUUUCGUCCACCUACAACAGGGUACAGUACAGCAAUCGACAUGAGCAACCAGAAGAAGCAGAAGCUGCGGCUUGUGACUUACAUGUGCCCCAGCCACCCGGUGGAAAUGUACGAGCUGAUCAUGACGUACCUGGAGCGCUACACUGGGCUGGAAGCCACUCUCCAGUAUGAGUCCAGGAGAGCUGGCCCCCUCCCGGGAAGGGUUGACCCCUUCACAGACGACACGGUAGACAUAGGAUUCAUGAGUGUGUUAUCAUUCUUGGAGCUACUAGACGACAAGAAUAAAUAUGCAGAGCUGUUGCCAGUUACACCAGUGUUCAGGCACAGAAAAAACAAGGAUGAUGUAGCAGGUUAUUAUUCUGACAUCAUCAUUCACAUUAAUGGCAAGAAACAUGUGAAGGAGCUGUUGGAUCUUCGUGGUUCUGCAUGGGCGUACAGCACUGAAGAAUCAUUAAGUGGAUACAAAAUAGUAUUGAAAACACUAAAAGAACAUGGUGAAAACUCUACAUUUUUUGGAAAUACAUUGCAAUCUGGAUCUCAUCUCCAAUCCAUUCAGAUGGUGUUGACUAAACAAGCAGAGGCAGCAGCUGUUGAUUCAAAUACACUUGCUUACAAUAAAAGAUACUUGCAGGAUCAGGGAAAGGAUGUGCUUGUAUUGGACAGCAUAGGGCCAUUACCACCAUAUCCCAUUGUCGUCAACUCGCGUAUGGACGGUGAACUUAAGGAAACAAUUGUUAGAGCACUGAAAAGUUUUGACAAGAGUGAAAUAUGGCAAACAAAAUUUGCUCAAUAUGGUAUACAGAAAUUUGUGACAAACCAUGUGGAUUCAUAUGACAAGCUUCGAACUGUAACAGAGUACAUAAGAGAUCUAAAUCAUGCCAUACGUUAUUACUGAUAUCAAGUUUUCAUUAUCUUGCUGGCUUGUUUGGCAAAGGACGAAAUGAGCCAAUGUCCUACUUAAAGUGUUUAUAUGUCUUGUAAUGACUUAUAUAUUAUUUUAUUUAUGGAUGUUACAAUAAUAAACAACAUAGUUUUAUUAA